AUGGCCGCAGCUGAGCCCAGCCAGCUCCAGUUCGGGGAGAUCGCCGCGCCCCCCGCCUACCGGCCCGCCCACUCCGGCGGGGCGUUCCUGCCGCCCCCGAACCCCGCCGCUGCUCUGCUCCCCGCGCGUCCCUCGGGCCCCGGUCCGGAGCGCGGCGCCCCAGUGGCCUUCGCCGGCUUUCUCGGGAGGGGUCCCGGGCCCGCGGCGCCGCCCUCCGCCGCCCUGGGCCCGCCUGCGCCCCCUAAAGGCGCGGCCGUCCCGUCGGCGUCGCAGCGCCGAAAGCGCACGUCGUUCAGACCCGAGCAGCUGCAGCUGCUGGAGCUCGUCUUCCGCCGGACCAUGUACCCCGACAUCCACCUGCGUGAGCGCCUGGCCGCGCUCACUUUGCUCCCGGAGUCCAGGAUCCAGCAGUUUCUCUCUCCCCCCUUCCAGGUGUGGUUCCAGAACAGGCGCGCCAAGUCGCGUCGUCAGAGCGGGAAAUCCUUUCAGUCUUCAGCCAGGCCAGAGCUUUUCCUCCACCACGCUGCUUGUGAAACUGAAGCAGAAUAUUUGAAGCCCCAGCUGCCUCUGGAGGUAGAUGUGAACUGCCUGCCGGAUCCCAACAAGGUUGGAGGAGACAUCUCCGACCCUAGCUCCCAAGCUCAGAAUUUUGAAACCUUUUCUCCUCUCUCUGAAGACAUUGGUUCAAAGCUGGACUCAUGGGAGGAACACAUCUUUUCUGCCUUUGGUAACUCUUGAGGAGUCUGGGAGAAUUCAGGAUAAGGUCAGAGGAACCAUGACUGACAGCCAGGGAGACACACAUCAGAAUACCAUCCUUUCUGGCUUCCAUGUUAAGGACUCAUCCAUGUUAACCUUGGUAGUGGUUUUGGGUCAUCUCUCACCUGUGAAGCUUCUCCCCCUUUUGCCCAUGAACUUUUGCCCAUGGCCUGUUCUUUCUUCAUAGUACACACCCCCUAGGAGUUCUGGCAUUUUUUACCAGUGCAUCUCCAAAUCUGCACUUUCAUUUUGGUCUGCAUACCU